ACAGCAAACCAUGUUUUUGAGUCGCUUGUUUUCGUUUUAUUUCAUUUCGAUUGUAAUACUGAGCGUUUCUUACAUAUUUGAAUCGAAACAAACCAAACAAUGAAUAUCAAUUUACUUUUAAAUACAAUAUAAGUUUAAAAGUGAUCGGGAUUAACAUACUCCAUGUCGCCAGGUGAAGGGAAACUGCGCGUGAAAUGCCAAAAUGAAUAUAGGAAGAGAGGAUGAAAAUGGUCAGUUAUUUCAAGUGUACCAACAGACAGAGGAGACGUAUGAUAUACCAGCAUUUCAAAGAGCUCCCAAUGUCCGUUAUGAACAGUCUCAGCCUGCAACUGAUGUCGCGGGAGCAGUUUCUUCCGGCUACCAGUCGGGUGGCAUCCAGGAAAGUAGGACGGAUGCAGUUAUUGGCAACCUUCAGACACAUGCUGGAGUCAGCGAGCACCAUACAGCAGAGAUUAGUUUUCUCAACAACUUCGGCUCCAGUGAAUUUGAUGUACAGUCCCUUUUGAACGACUCGCUUCCGCAAGAUGCCCCAGUGGAGGGAGAACGAACUGCAGACACAGAUAGUACAACCCCAAUGUGGUACUUUGAGCCGAGGAAUACAGACGUUAUAGACAGCAUUCCAAGUCCUGAAGAUACAGGUCCGACUUCGGAAAUUGGCCACCAGCCGGUCCGACAGCCAACAGAUGGUCAGUUAUUUCAAGUGUACCAACAGACAGAGGAGACGUAUGAUAUACCAGCAUUUCAAAGAGCUCCCAAUGUCCGUUAUGAACAGUCUCAGCCUGCAACUGAUGUCGCGGGAGCAGUUUCUUCCGGCUACCAGUCGGGUGGCAUCCAGGAAAAUAGGACGGAUGCAGUUAUUGGCAACCUUCAGACACAUGCUGGAGUCAGCGAGCACCAUACAGCAGGGCCUGCCGUUGACCUGCGCAAGUGUUGCCUUUGUCAACAGCGGAACUUCCGGGCGAGCCAAAAGCCAUGUGGUCACUGCGUAUGUGAGAACUGCUGUGUGCGAUACGCCUUCCAGUCGUGUAAACGAUGUGGUCAGAUUGUUACAGAGGUCUGGGCUAUGGACCCAGCAGAUUGAUCGGAUUUAUUGAACGAAAAUGUUUUAUUCUAGAACGAACACAUUUUUGCAUUUUUUUAAUCAUCAUUUAAAUCUAACAAUAGCAAUACAAGUUUGUUAAUAAAAGUCGUAUCGAAGUUAU